CUGGAAGUAUGCUGGCAGGGUAUAGCCCACAGAAAUAUAAAAAGUCCUUCACAGUAAGCGGCCGUGUCCAUGCAGCGAGCAUCAUUUCUUAGAGCUUUGAGUGAAUCAGCAGCGUGGAUACAAAACAGAAGACGAGCGGGUGACGGAAGCAAAAAUGUCUGAUCAAAGCGUCACCACUGAGAUGAGCACCACACCUCCGUUUUCCAACAGUUCCACCAUCUUAGACACUUCCACUUCUGCAAUCUCCACUAUCUCCACUAUCUCCACUAGCUCUAAGAUAGAUGGACUAGGGGAAAUCGCAGCCAAUGACAUAACCUCCAGAGCGAACUAUGUCUACAGUUUCUUGGCAGUGCUGGGCUUCAUCGCCGGCUGCUUCCUGCUCUACAGCUUCAUCCAGACCUACAGAGCCCCGAGGCGUCUGGCCGGGCUCGACUGCCUGCUCUGGGCCUUUUGUGGCCUCCAGCUGCUGCUGGUGCUCCUCUCUAUCCACGCUGUGGCCUACAGACCUGGCUACCUGAGUACCACACAUCUGGGCUGUGCUGCUCUCUCCUUCACCAUCAACGCAGUCUCUCUGUGCAGCCUGCUGGUCUUAGUGCUCAUGGCUUACGUCCUAACAUACGAUCCGCCGUCCCACGCCAUGCUGAGCAAGCCUUGGGUGCGUGCGGCUCUGGUGGUCCUGACUUCUAUCCUGAUUUCUCUGCUGCUGGCUGGGCUUCGUGGACCCACAGAUCGUCUGCAGGAAGAAGGCAAGUGUUUUAUGGAUCGAGUCUGUGCUGGUGUGUCGUACGCAGGUGCUAGAUUGUGCCUGGUGUUUCUGAUUCCCUACAUCCUCCAACUGGGACUCCUGAUAGGCGGCUGUGUCCGGCAGUGGAAAUCUAAAGGACGUUUCCUCUCCGGCUCCGAGGAGGGUCCUGUGUUCCUGGCGGUCACCGUGGUCGUGUUUUUCUGCCAGCUCUUCUACAGCGUGGUGCUGGUGAGAGGAGCACAACUACAACAGCCAGAGCAGAAUGGGCUGAGCCAUCACGAGCAAGCGUUUCUGAGCGUGGCUGAGUUUGUGCUGUUCUCAGGAAGCAGCGUCAGCCUCCUGCUGGUGCUGUUCAUGCACCGGCCGUGUCGAGAGAGUCUCCACGGGGUGUUUAGGCAGCUGAGGGACUGCUGUCGAAGCCCGGGGCGAACGCAGCCCAACAGAAACAUCAUAGCUCCCCACAUCGAGAUCACAGACACCCUGCAGGACAUAGAGUCAUAGAGGACAAAGACUCUCGUAUGUGAGAACAGAACUCUUCUGAUGCAUCCCAGUAAAGACUGAUGUAUUAGACAUAUUCUUAAUCUAACUUUGAAAAUGCUUACAAUACAAUUUAAAUGUUUUUACAUGCAUGUAUGCUCCUUUUUAGUGUCUCCAGUGUCUGAAAGCUUGCAAAACUAUUUUUGAAAUUUAACAAAUAAUAAAUGUUUUGCUGUACAUCUUCAGCAUUGUGCAACAUGUACAGCCCUCCUCAUAGUCACUGUUGCAAUAAAAACAAUAUGUAUAUAUUUGCUAUAAAUCGACUAUGAAUAAGACCAUUAAAAAAAGGACUUACUGUCGGUA